UGCCAAUACCGGUAUAGCGAACUCCAGGGAGUGCUUCUCUUCUGCGCUUCUCUGGAGUCCUGCACUACAUGAACACCUACCACGCAUUCUCGUAUUCACAAUUCAAUAGCAACAAGGUUUACAGCAGCUUCCAAUCUUCCGCAGCUCCUUCGCCCACUUCAGAUUAUCUCAGCAAGCCUUCAAAAACUAAGCUUAGUCAUGGCCACCCAGUCUGACGCCCGCUUGAAAGGACAGGAAGCAGGUCAGCAGGUGAAUUCUGCUCUUGACACUGCUGCGGUGAAGCUGCAGCAUGGAAAAGAGCACACAGAGGAUGCAUUCAAGCAAGGGCAGGAUUAUGCUGGAGAUGUGGCAAACACGGCACACCAAAAGGGUGCUGAGGCUGCCCGUGAGGUUGAUGCGGAGGCAAAGACCACUCAGCAGAAGGCCAAGGAAGCGCUCGGCGCAGCGCAGCAGUAUGCCGCAGCAACUGUGGACAGUGUCACCAAGACCGCAGGAUCUUAUGCUGCCCUGGCCAAGGACAAGCUUCUAGGCACUGGCGAGCAGGCCAAGAAUACUGCAGAGGGUGUCUCGCAUGAGGCAGGAGCACAAGCUCAGGAAGCCGGCCAUGCCACCAAGGGUUACCUCCAGAGCGUCACUGAGACCGUCGGUGGUUAUGCGGCAGCAGCCAGAGACACAACAGUCAGCUAUGCAACAGCCGCCAAGGACACCACGGUCAACUAUGCCGCUGCUGCCAAGGACACCACGCUCGACUAUGCGACCGCAGCUAAGGACACUCUACUGGGAAAGAAGGAGGAGGCAAAGGAUAAGGCACACGAGGUGGGGGAUGCGGCGCAAGCGAAGGGGGAGCAAGUGAACCAGGAAGCCAAGGGGGCCGCCAAGAGCGCGGGUGAUUAUGCGCAAGGAAUGAAGGAGACCGUGGUGGGGCCGAAGACCACUUACUAGGUACAGCAGAUUCGCUUUCUGCAUCUAGCUGUGUAGCAUCUAGCUGUGUAGCAAGGCCGAAGGAUGAUAGGGAACUUAUGCUUACACGCUGCUGCUUGAGGUUCCAUGCAGGAAGCUCAGAGACGAUAACGCAAUACUUGUGUAUAUCCAUGAUGUGUGGAACGUAAACUGAGGUAAAUUGUGGGAAUACUGACAUUGUUAAGAAAGUCUUAAUCUGAAAGUCUAGGUUGUUCAGUGGUGCCGAACAGUCUGAUUGUGGAAAAACAGGCAAUUUCUUGCUUAAUGAUUCUGUUAACAAAUGUGGGAGUCAAUGCAAGGUUGAGAUCUAAGUUGGGGGCUUAGCCUGUACGUAAAGUAGACUCACUGGACUAUAGCGAUAUUGCAGCUUGCCUUCUGCGAGACACAAAGCGACUUGAUUCACAGAAGCUAUGCUAGCUUUAUUGACAACCGUCCUCGACGAAAAGCCUAACAAUCGCUCCUUCCUGAAUUUUUCUGCAUAUUCCACAA